AUGUCGUCCGGCGAUUUUCCCAAUCGCGGUCCUGCGGUCUUCGCUGUGACCAUAGCGACGCUUGUCCUGACUAGUUGCAUUGUUGCGGCAAGGCUGUUCUGUCGGAUCCGUAUCGUACGAAGUGUUACUUGGGACGAUUACUUCAUUGUCAUUGCUUGGGCCAUUGCUUUUGCUCUCAGCUUUGCUAUCGAUCUAGGUGCUAGCAAGGGACUUGGCCGACACGAUGAGGAUAUACCCGCUGAAAACCGGAACGUUCUGCGCCGCUCCGAAUAUGCUUUUUCAGUUUUAUAUAACCCGGCCUUAAUGGCUACGAAGACGUCCGUCCUGAUAUUUUACCUCCGCCUGUCCAAGAACACGCAGAAGGUACUACGACUAGCCUCUUGGGCUGUUUUGGUUAUUGUCAACCUGGCUGGUGCGGUUUUGACGUUAAUCAAUAUCUUCCAAUGCCGUCCGGUCCAAGCGGCGUUUGAUCCAUAUCCCGAUACGGCAUACUGCAUCCCUCUGCUUACCGAGUUUAUAUGCUCAGCUCCGGUCAAUGUCGUAACGGACCUCGCCAUCUUAGCUUUGCCAUUACCUGUUCUGACUAGUAUGAGGCUUCCACGUCGACAGAAGAUCAUCUUGAUUUUUACCUUCGCCUUGGGCAUAUUCGUUACCAUAGUUGAUGUUGUUCGAAUCUAUUACCUCGAGCAAGCCAUAACUCAGGUCUCUGCGACAGUUUCUAGUAACCCAGAGGCAACUUUUGGGGAUUCAUCUCAGUUCGCUUGGAACGCAUCGUUCUCUCUCAUGUGGUCUGCUGUCGAGGUCAAUGUCGGUAUAAUAUGCGCAUGCAUCCCAACACUGAAACCUCUAGUUCGCCGCAUCUUACCCGCCAUGCUGGUUGAUCCUAACGCGACCCGGACAUACGAUAGGGACACCUCGACAGAUGGGAAUGGAAGUGCGAACACCGCGCGGCUUCCGACUUCUACAAUGUUAACAGAGGACCAGAUUGCACCACCCUCCCAGACACAUGCUGCAGGUAGUCGGGACAGCCAGGUGUCUGCUCUCGACUUUUUAACCUCUCCAGAUUUGAACUCACAUACACUUCCUCCGUCGGAUCACCUCGAUCGAUCGCCUACUGCGCUAACGAGCGCUACGGGGACCUACUCGGCAUUUGAAAACUCGGUUUACUUCGGCUUUGUUAAUAUGCGUCGGCCAAAGAGCAUGAUCAGGACAUCUGUCCGCGACUCUUUCAAAUACUGUACUGUUGUCACGAUCUUGUUUUUGUUAUGGGGCUUCUCUUAUGGUCUUCUAAACCAGCUCAACAAUGCCGUCUCCUCGGUCUCAGGCAUGUCAGUUGCCGAAACGAUAGGGUUAUCUUCAAUCUACUUUGGAGGGGGCUAUCUAAUUGGCCCACUACUUGUCGGCGAGUGGAUUCUGCGACAUGACGAGCACUCCCGGUCAAGAAGGAAGAAGAAUGGCCCAGACCAGAUCGGUGGUUACAGAGCAACAUUUAUCGUAGGGCUCUGUUUCUACGGCGUGGGAACAAUUAUGUUUUGGCCAAGCGCUGUUCUGACUUCAUUCGCCGGCUUCAUGAUCUGUAAUUUCGUUGUCGGAUUUGGUCUAGCGAUCAUCGAAACAGGGGCCAAUCCAUUUCUUGUAUUUUGCGGCCCAAUGGAUUAUGCAGAAAUGAGACUUUGCCUCGCCCAGGGAAUUCAGGCUAUUACCACCGUUUUGAGCGGACUUAUGGCUCAGAGAAUCUUCUUCACCCCAGAGACUUCCAACAGCACCGACGGUACGGAGGCUCUAUCACUACUAGAUGUCCAAUGGACGUACUUGGCCAUCACACUUCUCUGUGCGGGAUUGGCCCUUUUCUUUUAUUAUAUGCCUCUACCAGAGGUGACUGAUGCUGAGAUGGAGCACUCCACACGGUAUCUGCCGGUGGAUCCCAAAAAGCGUAGCUUUGCUGGGUUGGAACUUCGGACCUGGACUUUGACGUUGGCUGUUUUGGCCCAAUGGACAUAUGUUGCAGGCCAAGAAACCACCAGUAUCUUCUUCCACGAAAUUUUAACGCACCAGUAUCGCGUGCAAUCCCCGUCCACCUCCGAGUCUGCGACAGAGAAAUUGCCGCAGCCACCGCCUGAUCUCGCUCUAUCGGUUCCGAAUUACCUUCUCAUCGCUCAUACUGCUUUUGCCGUUUCCCGUUUUAUUACCGCGUAUCUCACUUAUUUAUCUCCAACUCAUCCAAAAGUGCCACAGCCACGCACUAUUUUAAGUAUUACAACCGGACUGAGCAUUAUCUGUGGCAUCUUAAUGGCAGCUCUCCAUGAGACCAACCCGAAUCUUAUUGCCAUCCCGUUGAUACUUUUCUUCUUUUUUGAGGGGCCUAUGUGGCCCCUCAUAUUCACACUGGGCCUUCGCGGACAGGGAAAACGUACGAAACGAGCCGCGGCGUGGAUCACUAUGGGAGCCUCGGGGCCGGCAUUUUGGCCGUAUGUAAUUUAUGCCAUCACCGAACGAGGAGGAAGUAUUCAGACGGCUUUCAGCUUGGUUCCCGCUCUUCUUGUUGUUACCGGAUUAUUCUCUCUCUUUUUAGACUUAAAACGGGAUGCCCGUGCGUUGGUUGACGCUCGAGUCGGCGCCGAGGAUCAGUCUAAAAUACAGGACCGAGCUAAUCGAGAUAUGGAUCUCGACACUAUUCUCGCGGCGCGGCGAAGGGCUUCGGUGGGCGUGAUGCCGAUGGACGAGGACAAAGCUGGUUUUCUCAAGCGUUUUUCGGUUGCCUUAAGUAAGGGGAGCACCACUCUCCCCGGGAGAAAAAGCUCUGACCCUGGGACAGCAACAGAGCUACAAGAUAUGAAUCGGGACAGUCUCGGCAGUCCUGCUAGUUCAAGUAGCCCAGACAGUCCCGGUUGA